GGGGGCAGGGAGAGCUGACCAGGGGCUGUGACCGAUGGUGAUUUAUUUCAUUUAUUUCUUACGCGAAUAUAUAUCCGCAGCAGCGUGGCGACACCUCGGGACUGGCUGGUUCCUGGGCACACGGGGGCUCCUGGUGCGGCUCUCCCUGGGGAGGUUCCUGGGAUCAUCGGCCUGCCUUUGGCUUAAAGAAACAAAGAAAUCUCGAGUUUUGCGCCUCCAGCCCUGGGCUCCGGCUGGGGGCCACCUCUGCUGCAGUCGCCAGAGAGGUCUGGCAAAGACUUAUGUGAGAAGACCCCGCCGGCGGGCCUUCGGAAGAUGGGGAACUCCUACGCCGGCCAGCUGAAGGCCACGCGGUUCGAGGAGGUGCUGCACCACUCCAUCGAGGCCUCGCUGCGCUCCAACAGCCUGGUGCCGCGGCCCGUCUUCUCCCGGCUCUACCUGGAGGCCGAGCAGCAGCUCGCCGCCCUCGAAGGCAGUAGCCGCGUCGACAAUGAGGAAGAGGAAGAUGAGGCGGAAGGAGGGCUGGAGCCUAGCUGUCCCCCAAACCCCUACCAGAUGCACCCUCCACCGGAAGGAUGCUGCACCAUGGACGGCUUCUGCCAGGCCGGGAAGGACCUGCGCCUCGUCUCCAUCUCCACCGACCCCAUCGACGUCCCCGCGGGCUUCCUGCUGGUGGGGGCCAAGGCCCCCGGCCUGCCGGACCAGCUGCUGGUGUGCGCCGUGGACCAGCGGUUCCUGCCGGACGACAGCGGGCACAACGCCCUUCUGGGAUUCUCUGGGAAUUGUGUUGGCUGCGGGAAGAAAGGCUUCUGCUACUUCACGGAGUUCUCCAAUCACAUAAACCUCAAGCUGACCACUCAGCCCAAGAAGCAGAAGCACUUGAAGUAUUACCUGGUCCGCAACGCCCAGGGGGCUCUUACCAAAGGGCCUCUCAUUUGCUGGAAAGGCUCAGAGUUCAGAGGCCGGCAGACCACCGCUGGCCCGUGCUCCAGUUCCCUCUUCCCGCUGCUGGACAGCUCCGGGCCCCUGGCCGCCUUCUCCGGGGAGCCCACUCCCGGAACGAACCUCAGCAUCCCCCCGGGGGCACAGCCCGCAGGACCGGCCUCUGGUCACCCCCCUCUCACCGUAGCCACGGGCCCAGCUGUCUUCAACGGCCAGGACUCCCCGAAGCACCAGCAGCUGGUGAAGAGCAAGCUGUCGGCGGUGACGCGGCCCUCGGCGCUAGGUAUCUUGUCCAACUCCGGGCCCCCCAAAAAGCGCCACAAAGGGUGGUCUCCAGAAUCUCCAUCAGCUACAGACGGUGGCUACCCCCAGGGUGGUGGGAACAGAGCUAAGUAUGAGGGUGCGGGCAUGUCCUGCCUGCCCCCGGCUGGCUGGGCGGGACCAGCUGCAGUCACCUUUCCCGUGGUGGCCUCCGGGGAGCCAGUGUCUGUCCCGGACAACUUGCUGAAGAUAUGCAAGGCCAAGCCAGUGAUAUUUAAAGGCCACGGGAACUUCCCUUACCUGUGCGGGAACCUGAACGACGUGGUGGUGAGCCCGCUCCUGCACACCUGCUACCAGAGCUCGCAGUCCCUGGCCCGGGCGCACGAGCAGUACGGGGCCUCCGCCCUGCAGCCCAUCUCGGAGGAGACGCAGCUGCUGCUCACCGUCUACUACCUGGUGCAGCUGGCGGCCGACCAGGUGCCCCUGAUGGAGGACCUGGAGCAGAUCUUCCUGCGCUCCUGGCGCGAGUCGCACCUGACGGAGACCCGGCAGUACCAGCAGGCGGUGCCGCUGCAGCCCUUCCCGCCCACGCCCAGCGCCGUGGCGCCGGUCACCUCCGCGCAGCUGCCCUGGCUGGCGGGCCUGGCCGCCAGCUCCUGCAAUGACAGCGUGCACGUCAUCGAGUGCACCUACUCCCUGGCCGAGGGGCUCUCCGAGAUGUUCCGGCUGCUGGUCGAGGGCAAGCUGGCCAAGACCAACUACGUGGUGAUCAUCUGUGCCUGCCGGAACGCCGCCAUCGACUCCUGCAUCGCGGUCACCGGGAAAUACCAAGCCCGCAUUCUCUCCGAGAGCCUCCUCAGCCCCGCGGAGUACCAGAAGGAAGUCAGUUAUGAGCUGGUUACGGGCAAAGUGGACUCCUUGGGAGCCUUCUUUAGCACCCUCUGUCCAGAGGGUGACAUUGACGUGUUGCUGGACAAAUUUCACCAGGAAAGUCAAGGCCACAUUUCUUCUUCACUCACUGCCGCCUCUGUCACCAAAUCAGUGUCCCUGGAUGUCGGAGGGGUGCCGGCGUGCACGAGUUACAGCCCGGAGCCGCCCCGCGUCCGGCCCUUCCAGCUGGCCGUGGCCCAGAAGCUGCUCUCCCACGUGUGCUCCGUCGCGGACGCCAGCACCCAGAACCUGGACCUGGGGUCCUUCGAGAAGGUGGACUUCCUGAUCUGCGUCCCGCCCUCCGAAGUGGCCUACCAGCAGACGCUGCUGCACGUCUGGCAUUCGGGGGUCUUGCUGGAGCUCGGCUUGGAAAAGGAGCACGUGAGCAAGCAGCAGGUGGAGCAGCACGUGCUGAAGCUCGAUGCCGAGGCGCAGACCAAGUUCAAGUCCUUCCUGCAGAGCGCCUUCCAGAACCCACACACGCUCUUCGUCCUCGUCCACGACCACGCCCACUGGGACCUCGUGAGCGCCGUGCACAACCUCUACCCCCAGAGCGACCCGUCGGCGGGAUGGGUGGACAGGCUGCUCAACUGCAGGGAGGUGAAGGAGGCCCCCAACAUCGUGACCCUGCACGUGACCUCCUUCCCCUACGCGCUGCAGACGCAGUGCACCCUCAUCAGCCCCUACAACGAGAUCCACUGGCCGGCCUCGCACAGCGACGGCGCGGACUUGUAUCCUGAGAGCAAGAAGUACUUCGGGCUGUCGGAGUUCAUCGAGUCGACCCUUUCGGGGCACAGCCUCCCCUUGCUGAGAUACGACAGCUCCUUCGAGGCCAUGGUCACUGCGCUGGGGAAAAGGUUCCCACGCCUGCACAGCGCCGUCAUCCGGACCUUCGUCCUGGUGCAGCACUACGCGGCUGCCAUGAUGGCGGUGAGCGGCCUCUCGCAGAUGAAGAGUUACACCUCGGUGGAGACGCUGGAGAUCACCCAGAACCUCCUCAACGCGCCCAAGCAGUGCCCCUGCGGCCACGGGCUCAUGGUCCUGCUGCGGGUGCCCUGCCCGCCGCUGGCGGCCCUGGCCUACGAGCGCCUGGCCCACGUGCGCGCGCGGCUGGCGCUGGAGCGGCACUUCGAGAUCAUCCUGGGCAGCCCCAGCUCCGGCCUCACCGUCGGGAAGCACUUCGUGAAGCAGCUCAAGAUGUGGCAGAAAAUCGAGGAUGCGGAGUGGAGACCUCAGACUUACCUGGAGCUGGAGGGCCUGCCUUGCAUCCUGAUCUUCAGUGGGAUGGACCCGCACGGGGAAUCCCUACCGAGGUCUCUGCGGUACUGCGACCUGCGUCUGAUCAACUCGUCCUGCUUGGUGAGGACGGCGCUGGAGCAGGAGCUGGGCCUGGCCGCCUACUUCGUGAACAGCGAGGGGCCCCUGGAGAAGGGGCCCCAGGGCGAGGGCGUGGAGAGCGACGCAGAGAAGCUGAGCAGCACGGACAACGAGGAGGAGGAGCUGGUGACGGAAGGCUGCCCCUCGGAGAAGAGGAGCCCCGUGAAGAGGGGGCGGUCCUGCUCCCACGAGUCGGCAUCCUCCGGCUUCUCCUCGAAGGCGCCCGGCUCAGCACUUGGCGGCGAGACCUCGGCUCAGCUGGGGGGGCCCUGGCAGGGGGAGCAGGCCCGGUCCCCACAGCCCUGUGGCCCUUCAGAGGAGGGCAGGGCCCCCGGCGACAAGCAGAGGCUCCGAGGCGGUCAGGGGCCCCCGUCGGGCGUGAGCAGGCACAGCCCCGGGCUGGCCCCCCAGCAGCCUGACUCCGGCCUCAAGACCAGCCAGAGGGGCGUCCAGGUGCAGGUUGCCUCGUCAUCCCAGCUCUCCUCCUCCUCGUCCGCCACGCCUGCCACCGGCCCCCAGGCCCCGCAGGCCCCCCGGUGCUCCCUGGCCAAGGCCUGCCGGCAGCCGCCCGUCGUCUUCCUGCCCAAGCUGGUGUAUGACAUGGUCACGGCCACGGACAGCGGCGGCUUGCCCAAGGCCGCCUCGCUGCUGCCCUCCCCCUUGGUCAUGUGGGCCAGCUCCUUCCGCCCGCUGCUCAGCAAGACCAUGACCUCCACGGAGCAGUCCCUGUACUACCGGCAGUGGACGGUGCCGCGGCCCAGCCACAUGGACUACGGCGGCCGCGCCGAGGGCCGCGUGGACGGCUUCCACCCCCGCCGGCUGCUGCUCAGCGGGCCCCCUCAGAUCGGGAAGACAGGCGCCUACCUGCAGUUCCUCGGCAUCCUGUCCAGGAUGCUCGUCCGGCUCACGGAGGUGGACGUGUACGACGAGGAAGAGAUCAACAUCCACCCCCGAGAGGAGCCCGACUGGCACUACCUGCAGCUCAGUGACCCCUGGCCAGACCUGGAGCUCUUCAAGAAGCUGCCUUUCGACUACAUUGUUCACGACCCCAAGUACGAGGACGCCAGCCUCAUCUGCUCUCACCACCCGAGCGUGAAGAGUGAAGAUAGGGGGGCGCCCCGGAGGCCGGAGGACCUCUACGUGCGGCGCCAGACGGCGCGCAUGCGGCUGUCCAAGUACGCGGCCUACAACACCUACCACCACUGCGAGCAGUGCCACCAGUACAUGGGCUUCCACCCCCGCCACCAGCUCUAUGAGUCCACCCUGCACGCCUUUGCCUUCUCUUACUCCAUGCUAGGAGAGGAGGUCCAGCUGCACUUCAUCAUCCCCAAGUCCAAGGAGCACCACUUCGUCUUCCGCCAGCCCGGAGGCCAGCUGGAGAGCAUGCGGCUGCCCCUCGUCACGGACCAGAGCCACGAACACAUAAAGAGCCCGACGUUCACCCCGACGACCGGCCGCCAUGAGCACGGGCUCUUCAACCUGUACCACGCAAUGGACGGCGCCAGCCACCUGCACGUGCUGGUCGUCAAGGAGUACGAGAUGCCCGUGUACAAGAAGUACUGGCCCAACCACAUCAUGCUGGUGCUCCCCAGCGCCUUCAACAGCGCCGGCGUGGGCGCCGCCCACUUCCUGAUCAAGGAGCUGUCCUACCACAAUCUGGAGCUGGAGCGGACCCGGCAGGAGGAGCUUGGCAUCAGGCCGCAGGACAUCUGGCCCUUCAUCGUGAUUUCCGAUGACUCCUGCGUGAUGUGGAACGUGGUGGACGUCGAUGGUGGUGGGGAGAGGAGCAGCAGAGAGUUCUCCUGGUCGGAGAGGAACGUCUCCUUGAAGUACAUCAUGCAGCACAUCGAGGCGGCCCCCGACAUCACGCACUACGCCCUGAUCGGCAUGCGGAAGUGGUCCAGCAAGGCCGGCAGCCGAGAGGUGCGCGAGCCCUUCUCCCGCUGCCACGUGCACGACUUCGUCGUUCUGAACGUGGACCUGACCCAGAACGUCCAGUACAACCAGAACCGGUUCCUGUGUGACGACGUCGACUUCAACCUGCGGGCGCACAGCGCCGGCCUGCUGCUCUGCCGCUUCAACCGCUUCAGCGUGACGAAGCAGCAGAUCGCGGUGGGCGGGCACCGCGCCUUCCACAUCGCCGCCAAGGCGCCGGACAGCUCCGCCGCCGUGGUGCCCGCGCAGUACGUCUGCGCCCCGGACAGCAAGCACGCGCUCCUGGCGGCGCCCGCGCAGCUGCUGCUGGAGAAGUUCCUGCAGCACCACAGCCGCCGCUUCUUCCCGCUGGCCCUCCAGAACCACGGCCACCCCGUGCUCUCGGUGGACUGCUACUUGAACCUGGGGCCCCAGAUUUCCGUGUGCUACGUGAGCUCCCGGCCCCACUCCUUGAACGUCAGCUGCUCCGACUUCAGGUUCAGCGGGCUCCUGCUCUACCUCUGUGACUCCUUCGUGGGCGCCAGCUUCUUGAAGAAGUUUCACUUCCUGAAAGGUGCGACCUUGUGCGUGAUCUGUCAGGACAGGAACUCGCUGCGCCAGACCGUGGUCCGCCUGGAGCUGGAGGACCAGUGGCAGUUCCGCCUGCGUGACGAGUUCCAGACCGCCAACGCCAAGGAGGACCGGCCGCUCUUCUUUCUGACGGGGCGGCACGUCUGAGGGGCGGGGACUCGGACACCGCGGCAGGUUUUGGGGAAGAGUGGAGCCUUCGGAACUUUGUGCUGUUGGGGCUCGAGGAAGAAUUGGAAGCGUGGGGUGUUGGAACUGAAACGGGCCCCAGAGCUGGUCCCAUGCAGGCCAGCAGACCGAGGCCCAGGGGUGAUGAAGACUCACGGCGAGUGAGGAGGGCCUGUGGGUGGCGCACAGGAAGUCAGACCCAGUGUCCCAGGUUCUGGGCCGGCUGCGCUGCCCUGGGUUGGGUCAGAGUCCAUUUCACCAAGAACAGAGUUUUGCCUAUUGUCAUGUCAUCCAUGUGCUUCCACAGACGAACUUGACUUUUCUUAGCUCCAAAUCUCGUGGGUUAUUCUAUAGAGGUGCCAGUGUUUCCAGACGAUGGGGUACGGUCUGAGCUCUGUAGGGUUUCCGCUGUGCUACAAAGCAAUAUCCCAGAAGAACUUUUCAACUGUAAAGGCUGGAGACGAGGGAGAAAAGUUUAAGUGGGUCACUGCAUAAGAAUUAUGUGAUUGCUUAGAAGUUUGCUUUUUAAAAAGCUAGCCCAAAGGUGUCAACGUUAAUGAAAGUAAAACAAAUUGUUUUACUUGAGAGCAAAUGCGAUUCUAUUAAAAUAGUAUAGGGUAAAUACCCUACCUCUUAGAAAGGGCAAACGUGAAAAGAAACUCAAAAUCCAGAGGUUUCAGGAAAGAUAUUUCGUUACAGAAGUUGACCUUAAGAAACAGAAUUCGCCUUACAAAGGAGAGAGGACCAAAUGGCUUACUCGAGACAAAACAAAAAGCAAUACAGAAACAACUGGGUGAGAACUAGACUUCUGACCAUGACUUAUGGAAGCUGUUCUCAGUUCCUCAAAGAGCUUGCCUUUUCUUAUGACUGCUUGGUCCCUGACGGGAGAGGAAGGGGGACAGCAGAGGCGGCAGCAGGGAUGUCCCCGGCUACAAACACUUUUGCUUGCCCCCCAGAAAGUUUUGUAAACCAGCCGUGUAGAGCGCCACCUACAGGCAGGCAUCGGCCGCGUGCGUGCACAGCCAGGAUCCCAAUGAACCCUUCUCCGCAGCCGGUGUGGGCGGAGCCACUCUCCCAUUGGGCAGAUGCGGUGUGGGCGGAGUCACUCCCAUUGGACAGACGCAGCGAGUGCGCCUCACCUAGGCGACAGCGGGAAAGGGGCGCAGGCGAGUCUGACCGCUGGACCGUGGGCUCCGGGUCCACUGUCCCUCGCAGCACUGCUUGCGAAGUGGCCUGUGAACGGAAGGGAAAGUUGAACGGUCCUCAGAAGUGGAUCUCGGAAUGCAUUUUUAUGUCUGCAUCUUAGUCAUUUAUAAGCACUCUCAUGGACAAUAGUUCAAGAAGAAACUAUUUUAAAAGACGAUGCCAAAGAAUUAGUGUCAGUCUUUUCUUCCCUAAGAUGAUUUAGGUCGAUGUUUAUAAAGUCAUCACUUUGUACCUGUCGUCAUUCCUCUUUUGGAAUAAAAACUCACUUAUAUUUGUCUUUUGUACAUAGGAAGCUUCGUGCUCUUUUCUCCAUUUUACUAGUUAACUUAAAGCAAACUAAUGUUCUUGUUUGUUCCAGCAUUAUAAAUAAAACUUAUAAUGCAUUUACUGUUUCUUCAGAGGGUGUUAAGUUACAUCAUUUUGAGGGACGCUGUGUGGCCAGUGGUUUCCAGGGCUACCUGCUUAAAACUCUGGUGACAUGACAGAAGACAGUUUUGGAAAGGAAAGAACAAAUCCAUACAAGUGGGGGCCUAUUAACAUGCGGAAGAACCGCUGAAAGAAGGAACUGGAAAUGGAGAAAACCGCGGCUGAACACACGUGAGGGAGCCUGCCACACCGGAAGGCGGUUUUCGGGGUGCUCUGAGCUUCACCGUGGCUGGGACAGCUGAAAGGGAGGGGGGACCUGGGCUUUCCGUAGGCUGAUUCACAGGAGGGAGUUGGCGCAGAGAAGCCCUUCGGUUCUUCCCAGCUCCUCCUGCCGCACUCUUUGUAGUCCACGGGCCUGGGCAGAAAGGAGCAGAGGUAAGGGCGGGAGGGCGCUGCGUCUAGACUAGAGAAUACAAGUCAGAGUCUGUAAGAGACAGCUGUCUUCCAUUGAAAGCCUUGUAUUUGUUUCUUGACUUUGGA